CGGAAAUCGCAACCAUGGUGAAUGGUGCUGAAUCAUUGGCAGUACAACAACUGCGAAUGGUUUUCAGCGUAAGAAACCACUUCAUGUCUACAACAGCAAUGAUCACAGGAUCAGUGUAGUAAGAAUUCGUCGUCGUACUCCACUGGUCGGCACAAGUAAUGGGGAAUUGCUUUAAAGGAUGCCUUUCGGAAGAGAAUCAAUUGCGAAGUCGUACGCUAAACACCAGCGAUAGCCAGUAUGAGAUGCUGGUCGAGGGAACUUUACAACGGGAGACGCAAAACAAACAGCAAACUGUUAAGAAGCCCAAGCUUUUCGGAAAGUUCUGGAAACGAAAGGACGUGGAGUACUCAAGACUGAACAAAUCAAACAAUAAUUUUGUAGACAGAUGUAACAGUAGCAACAAUCAGACAUCAGGAUCUGAAAUACAACUGCAGUGCCUCGACGCACACUCACUCCUGUUGGUGUCCAAGGAUAGUAAUGCUCGGAGAAAUGGCUACCACGAUCUUAACACUGACAUGACGUCGACACCAGGUAGUUCGCUGGAUCUAGAAUGGGAGAACGAUUAUGGCUACCAGCACAAUCCAUGGGCUCUUCGGCCUAACGAUGAUCAACAGCAGUUGGCCUACCCAAAUCGAACAGAUUCCGUGUUCAAAGUGGAAGAGUGGUCCACCCUGAAGAAAAGUAAAGACCGAAUAAACUCCAUCAGACGACUGGACCGAAAUGGGACCAAUCGCUCCGGUCCGGACUUUCCGUUGGCCAGUGCUGCAGCCAACGAUUCCGGUGCACUUGGGACGCCCUCGAUCUGCGGUUCCUAUGCCUCUUCGUCACACAUAUCAACGCCGGAGGAUUCACUGGAAUGGGACGUCGAUCAGGACCGGCAACUCAAAUCGGAAAAUGAAUCACUCGAUUUGGAAACAAAGGAACUGCUACUCGAAAUCGAACAACUUAAGAAUCGGGUACUUAACGAGACUGGUGCUAAUAUACGAGAUCUGAAGUUCGAUGAAUCGAUAAGUUGAUUCCGUUAAUAGUUCGAUUAGCUGACCAAAAAUCAAACACGUAUCUUUAUAUGAUUGAUAGAACAAAUCUAUUAGAACAGUAUAGUGACGUUGAAUCCCUUUUAGAGAACAAGCGAGUUCCAU